AUGGAAAACAUAACGGAACAAGAAGAUAAAUAUUUAGCAGGCGCAAAAAAGGAAAUAAGAAACGAUUUAACCGUUAUAAUACCAGAGAAUCCUUUCCCGGAAAUAGAAGUGGACGCGUAUCCUCCACUCAAAUUUUCAUGGGUUAUUCCAAAAAAAUUAGCCGCCAUGGCUUUUCCUAGAAAUAAGGAAAAUUUGCAGUUCCUAGUGAAUCAAGGUAUAACGAAUCUAGUGACACUCACAGCCGGCAAAAAGCCUCCCGUUGAUGACAUUGCCAAACUGAGAUGGACGGAAAUACCAAUAGAAGAAUUCGAACCGCCUACUAUAGAACAGAUCAAUAUGUUUAUCGAUGUUUGUAAGAAAGCUGACAAAAAUGGUGAGGUUAUAGGCAUUCACUGUCGUCAGGGGCGCAGUCGGUCUGGCGUAAUGCUGGCUUGCUACCUAGUUCACUUUCACCGGUUCCUGCCCGACCAAGCCUGUAAUGUCAUCAGAAUGAUGAGGCCAGGUUCCUUAAAUUCAUCUGAACACGAGGAAGUCGUCGAGAAAUAUUUCGAGUUUCUAACAGAAAAUAAUCCCUUAAGAUUCGGUGUAAGCGGAGAUGUUAUGGAGGAGUUUAUUGAAGCAGCCAAAGAGAGUACGAAGAAAGUCAUAUAA